AUGAUAAGAUUGUGUAAAAAUAUAAAAACAAUUAAACCAUGUGUAAAUUCAAUUAAUAAUAGAGUGACAUCACAUGGUUUAAAAGUAUCAUCAUCAUCAUCUUCAUCUUCAUCAUCAUUAUUUAAUAAUAAUAAUAAUAAUAAUUUAGAUAAAAGAUCUUUUAUUUCUUCACCUCAAACCAAUACAACAUUAAAACCAAAUCAAACCUAUGUUUUUGACAAUCAAGAUAUUUUUAAAGAUAUAAAAAGAGGAAAAGAUAGAAAUAAAUUAAAUUUAAAAAUUGGUGAUGAAAUUCAUGGAUUUAAAGUUAUAAAAAUUAGAGAAGUACCAGAGAGACAAUUUAAAACAUAUCAAUUUGAACAUAUAGAAACAGGUGCAAAAUAUUUACAUAUAGAUUGUGAAGAUACAAAUAAUGUUUUUAGUGUGACAUUUAAAACCAUACCAAAAGAUUCAACAGGUGUAGCACAUAUUUUAGAGCACACUACAUUAUGUGGUAGCAAGAAAUACCCUGUUAGGGACCCAUUCUUCAAUAUGCUAAAACGUUCGUUAAACACCUAUAUGAAUGCAUGGACAGCACCAGACCACACAUCCUACCCAUUCGGCACACAGGAUCCAAAAGACUAUUAUAAUUUAUUAUCAGUUUAUUUAGAUGCUACAUUUUUCCCAAACUUGAGUGAACAAGAUUUCCGUCAAGAAGGACACAGAUUGGAAUUCGAGCAAAUGGAGAACCCACAAUCGCCAUUGAAAUUCAAAGGAAUCGUAUUCAAUGAGAUGAAAGGUGCCCUAUCGGACCCAUCGUCAUUCUAUGCCGAAAUCUCACAACAACAUCUUUAUCCUGGCACCACCUAUUCCCACAAUAGUGGUGGCGAACCAAACGAUAUCCCAUCAUUAACUUACCAACAAUUAAAAGAUUUUCAUUCAAAUCAUUAUCAUCCUUCAAAUUCUUAUUUCUUUUCCUAUGGUGAUUUAAAUCCAAUUAAUCAUUUAAAAUUUAUAAAUGAUAAUUCAUUAUCAAAAUUUAAAAAUAAUUCAAAUAAUAUUAAUACAACUGUUAAUAAAGUUAAACGUUGGUCAGAAUCUAAAAGAAUUUAUUUAAAAUGUCCACCAUCAGCAAUGGAUGUUAAUCCUGAAAAGAAAUUUAAAUUUUCAAUUUCAAUUUUACAUAAAGAGAAUAAAGAUUUAUUUGAAUCAUUAUCAUUACAUAUGUUAUCAAAUUUAUUAUUAAGAGGAUCAAAUACACCAAUGUAUCAAGCAUUAUUAGAGAGUGGAUUAGUUUUAGAUUAUUCACCAAAUACAGGUUUCGAUGAUGGUUUAUUAGAAUCAAGUUUUAGUGUUGGUGGUAUUGGUAUUAAAAAAGAGGAUUUAGAAAAAGUUGAAAAAGUAAUCAUAGAGACAUUGGAGAAAUCAUCACGUGAUGGGUUCGCUUCAGAUGUGAUUGAAUCGAUUUUACAUCAAUAUGAAUUUGCUCAAAAGGAUGUUUCAGCUUCAUUUGGUUUAAAACUUGUUGGUUCAUUAUCAUCGAAUUGGAUUCACGGUGGUGACCCUGUAGAUCCAUUGUUUUUAAAUGAGGCAAUUGCUAAACUCAGAAAGGAGCUUGAAAAAGGUGGUUUCUUUGAAACUAAAAUUAAAGAACUUUUAAACAAUCCUCAUAGACUUUACAUCACAAUGGAGAAUGACGAAAAUCUUCAAAAAGAGGAACAAGAAAAGGAAUUGCAGAAAUUGGAAAGAAUUAAAUCAGAAUUAACACCAGAACAAACUAAAGAGAUUAUAGAAGUUGCAAAAGAUUUACAAUUUAGACAAAAUCAAAUUCAAGAUGUUUCAGUAUUACCAAAGAUUAAUAUAUGUGAUAUUGAAAAACAGCAAUCUAAAAUAGACCAUAUCGAUACAAAAUUAUCAAUGACCAAUGGUGACGGUGUACCAUUACGUAUUUUAGAUUUACCAACAAAUGGUAUUAGUUAUUUUAGAAGUACAAUUGAUAUCUCCUCAAUGGAUCCAAAAUUGAAACCAUACGUACCAAUAUUCUGUUCAUUAAUUGAUGAAAUGGGUGCUGCAGAAUUUGAUCAUAAACAAUUGGAUACUGAAAUUAAUUUACAUAUUGGUAAAUUCAGUGUUUCACCAUUGAUUACUAUGGGUCAUAGUGAUUUGGAUUAUACUCAAGAGAGAAUUUAUAUUAAAGGUGCAGCAUUGAAUAAUAAUCUUUUGAAAAUGUUUUCAUUAUUACAAAAGAUUCUAUUAGAGAAUAAAUGGAAUAAUCCAGACCUUUUAAAGAAUUUAUUAAAUCAAAAACAAGCUUCAGUAAUUGAAGGUAUUCCAUCAAGUGGUUUAUCAUAUGCAAAGAUAUUAAGUUCUUCAAAAUUCUCUAGAGCUGCUCAAUUAUCUGAGCAAUGGAGUGGUUUAUCACAAGUUAGAUUAAUCAAUGAAAUAGUCUCCUCAAAUGAUAUCAAUUCAUUAAUUAAUAAACUUUUAGCAAUAAAUGAAUUCAUUCUUGAUCGUUCCUUAAUGAAAUGUUUAAUUACCACUGAAAAAGAGAAUAUUUCAAAUCUUGAAAAUAAUUUAUCAAACUUUUUAAAACCAUUUUCAAAUAAAAAUACACCAAUAAUUGUAAAUUCAUUAGAUAAUGCUAAUGAAGAAAUUACAAAUAGUAGUAGAUUAAACUUUUUCCCAAUUCCAGCAACUGUUAAUUAUAUUUCAAAGACUUAUCAAGCUGUACCAUAUACUCAUGUUGAUUCAGCACCAAUUCAAAUUUUAACUAAAGUUUUAUCAGAAUUCCUUCAUAAAGAGAUUAGAGAGAAGGGUGGUGCCUAUGGUGGUGGUUCAAGUGUUGAUAGUGGCGUCAUCUCAUUCUACUCUUAUAGAGAUCCAAAUUUAAUUAAAACUUUAGACGCUUUUGAUCAAUCAAUUCAAUGGUCAUUAAAUAAUAAAAUCACUUUAGAAAAUAUUGAAAAUGCUCAACUUUCAAUAUUUUCAGAUUUCGAUUCACCUGAAUCACCUUCAAAUAAAGGUGUUGGUGAAUGGAUGAGAGAUAUCACAAAUGAAAUGAAACAAACUAGAAGAAAUAAUUUAUUAUCAAUAACUAAACCAAAAUUAGAAGAAAUCGCUACAAAAUAUUUAUUCAAUAAUCAAAAUAAUUAUACAACAGUUUUAGGUUCAAAAGAUAAUCAAGAAUUAAAUAAAUUUACUUGGAAUAAUAUUAAUGUUUAA